CGCGCCACACACAUGUUAGUAAUUCGAGUUCUUCUACCGUAUACGAUUGUUAUUGUUAUUUCUUGGCCAUUAUACACGUCGUAAGAAUAUCUGAUUCUCUAAAACUAGCUCUAAGGUAAAAUUGAGCAGCCUUUAACUAUCACAACUUCACAACACCCUUCUUUUAAAUUCCGACAAUUCCUAAAGUCUCUCUGCUUUCCACUAUGAAACCACUGCAACCGUUGCUCCUCCUCCUCCUACUAGCCGCCGUCUCUGCCUCUCCACUAUACCCAAAACAGCUCAAAGCUCUCCAAUCUCUCAACAUUCCUACACCAACCAAUGAUCCCUGCAACAACAACUCCUCCUCCUCAUCUUCCAUAACUUGCGACGACGCUUCUCCUUACCGCCACAUUACCUCUAUCUCCUUCAUAAACUGCUCACCCAAACUCUCUCUCACCUACAAAACCCUCAAACCACUCUCCAAAUCCCUCCUCAAUCUCUCCUUCACAAACUGCCCUUCCCUUUCCCCUCCACAUCACCUCCCAAUCACACUCCGCUCUUUCUCCGCCGUAUCCUCCUUCCUCCACAACCGUAGAAGCCGACUCUCAGGCCUCUUCCUCGCUCGUCUCAUAAACCUUCAAACCCUCAAAAUCUCCUCAACACCAAUCUCAACCUCUCGUCGUCUUUACGUAAUCCUCGGUAACAUGCAUAAACUCACUUCCCUCACAAUCUCAAACUCAAAUCUCUCCGGCCUUAUCCCUAAAUCUUUCCACUCUAACCUCACUUACAUCGAUUUAUCAAACAGCUCACUCAAAGGCUCAAUACGAACCUCCCUUACUCGUCUCACAAACCUCAAGUCACUAAAUUUAUCUCAUAACUCUCUCUCCGGCCAAAUACCAAACUCAAUCAAAAACUUAACCUUUCUACAAAACUUGUCUUUAGCUUCAAACAAACUAUCAGGAACAAUACCAAACACACUCUCAUCGAUUCCUGAACUUACACAUUUGGAUCUAAGCAAGAACCAACUAAACGGAACCGUUCCAAGUUUCAUCUCCGAGAUGAAGAAUCUCAAACACUUGAAUCUCGCUGAUAACUCCUUCCAUGGAGUUUUGCCAUUCAACGAAAGCUUCAUAAAAAAUCUCAACUUUUUCGAAAUCGGAGGCAACAGUGAGCUCUGUUACAACAAAACUGUUAUACCCACGAGCUUGAAAUUGGAGGGUGUCGCUCCGUGUGAUAAAUACGGCUUUCCUUUAUGGUCUCCGUCGGAAAAGGAGGAAUCUUUGUCAGGGGAAAACGAUUACGGCGAUUACGGCGGAGGAGGAGGAAACGAGAAGAUGACGGAGAAGAAAGAAGAACACAACGGUUCCAACAAGACACUGUUUGGUCUCGGCAUUGGUCUUUUCUCGCUUGUGUUCUUAAUCCUCUUCCUCUUUUAUGUCGCUAAAAGGUGUCGUUGGAUUUGAAAUUUUUUAGCAAAAAGCUUUGAUCUUUACAGAGUUUUCAGAAAUCCCCAAAGUGUAUCGGUUUUGGACUUAUUUAGGGUUCUUUUUGAGUUUUGAGAGUAACCAGACCGGGUCUGAAGAAAUUACUGGGUCUAAACCGGUAUAAUUCCGGUUAAUGUGUUUGGUUUGUGAAAAUAAAUCACAGGAUAGAUGAUGAUUUACUUA